AUGAAUGAUAUCAGCGAUUAAAGGAAAGACAUUUAAUUCUUGUUUAUGGCUUAAUAACACAUGAAAUGUGAAUAAGGUUAUAAUCUCUUUCAUAAAUACAUUAUCAAAGGGUAUUUAAGUCAAACCCAUAAUCGUGUUUACUAGGCAUAAGAUUCAUCAGGAAAAUAAGUGGCAAUUAAAGAAGUAUGAAUUAACUGAAACCUAGAAUCAUGAUAUAAAAUAAAUGUAAAAAGAAGUUUAAUUGUUAGAGUCACUUGAUCAUCCUAAUAUUGUUAAAUAUCUUGAAUCUUGUAUUUUAUCUUAUUCCAUUAAUUAAUACCAUUAAGAAUAAUUAGGUUAUAUUUGUAUGGAAUUGGGUUAAUACAAUUUAGAGGACUUUAAAUAAGCAGGUUAUUAAAUUGAUAAUUCUUUGAUUGAUCAAACCCUUAAUGCACUUUCAUAUUUGCAAAGAAAACAUAUUGCACAUUGCGACAUCAAACCAGCAAAUAUUUUAGUAAUGGAAUUGAACCCUACUUAUUAUAAGAUAUGUGAUGUUGGUUCAAGCAAGCAUUAAAGUUCAGAAUUAAUUGAUGCAGUUGGAGUACAAUGUUUAUAUCAAAAAUUAGACUUAUAAAUAUAUGUCACCAGAAAUGUUGUCAGGGGAUGCCAAGAAUUAUUACUUAUCUGAUGUUUUUUCAUUAGGAUUACUCUUUCUUUAUAUUUACAAAAACUUCUCAAUUUCUCAUGCACAAAGAUGUUAAAUAACUCCUAAUGAAUAUAUUCACACAUUACAUACUAAAAUCAAUUAAAAUGACGAUGAUGUUUCAAUUCUUCUAAGAAAAAUGAUUUAAUUAAAUCCAAAAGAUAGACUUGAUUUUAUAUCAUUAGAGUAAUUUUGGGAGAAUCAUAAAAAAAAUAAAAUCAAUAAAUAAUCCAUUCAAAAUUCUAAAGAAACUUCCAUUAGAUUCAAUUCGAAUACAACUUUUAUUUAAGAUGAUUCACCUUUGAAAUCUUCAAAUUAUAAAAUUAAUAGGAUAACUAAAAAAUUAUAACCAAGUUCAAAAUAAUCAUUUUAUUCCUCAGGUAAUAGUGUUUCAAAUGAAAAAUAAAAUUCUAACCUUCCAUUUUCAUCCAAUCCAACAAGUGACAGAAAAACUAUUACAAGAUAAAGAAUUCCAUCUUUUUAAUUUUCAAAAUUUGACUCAACCUAAAAACCUCCUAAAUCACCUGAGAAACCUAAAAUAGCUAGUCCACUUAAAUAAAGCAUAAACAAUAAAUUUUAACUUCCUUAGCUUCAGCCUUUUAAAAUUAGAUUAAUUCAAUAAUGA